GGCCGCUGUCUGUCGUUCAUCUCGUUUAUCUCUCUAACUCUUGCCGACUUUGAGGAAUAGUGAUGUCGCUGAAUUUGGCGGUUAAAAUUUCAAAGCUUGAGUGACGGAUAACCUGCGAUGGUCUGACAGAUUGUUCUUCACGAUGUUGGGCACCGCCGGAAUAACCGCCGUGCACAUUAAAAAGUUGGGCCAUACUAUCGAUGAGAUACGACUGCGUGCUUUGGAUAAUAUUAUUUCCAAGUACGAGCUGGGUUUUGUAUGCGAGUGCGAUGCUGUCAAAAAGGAGAUAAUCCAAAGACUGUUCAAUUGGUUUUCGUUUGACACUACGCCACAGCCGGAGAAAGUACUGAACUUGUUGUUGCGGCUGUUAAAGGCAGAUGCAAAGAGUUACUUGAAUGCAUUUGGCAAGUUAAAGUUCCAAAAUGAGCUUUAUGAAUUAAGAAGAAAACUUUCCCCAGAAUGGUAUGCAAAAUUAGAUGAGAUUGAAGAAGCUGUUCUACAUAUAGAAAAUAAUACCAUACCAUUUGAUGUUACAUUGGAACGUGAAAAUGGUACACAAAUUUCUAAAGUGGUAGAAGGUGGUAUUAAAUGGCUCAUAAUGCCAUGGCAGCCACUAGUUACAUCAGACAGAGGAGUACUCACUGCAGUCGAGGAAGCUCUCAAUAACACUGUCGAUAUUAAUCAUAUAUUACACACGUGUCAGUUUAUAACAAAUGUUAUGAUGCAAGAUUUUCCAGCAGAAGUUUUUCUUCAGCGACCAGCAAUAAUUACGAUACUUCACGGUCUUCUUAAAUCAAGUACCAGCAUGUCGGAAACAAAUAUUGAGUGCAUAGUUCCAACCGUGUUAAAAACCUUACGUAAACUGACUCGUUCUCUAAGAUUUCGUAUUUAUUACUAUUGUGAACCAUGCAUAGCAAAUAAAAAGCAAAAGUUACUAGGUGGCAAAUUGGACAGCAAUGUUUACACGUCUUCAGAAGGUGGAGAUGGUCCAGAUGGUGCUGUACCUGAAGCAAAUUAUCAAGCGUAUCAAUCAGCAGGGACUAGUGACAGAAGUCAUAGUAUCAGCGAUGUCGACGAUUCUGCCUUGCAACUGCAGCAAAUGUUACUGCCAGUUUACUGUAUAGAAUCGUUGAAACACGUUCUUAUCCAGUUAAGCAUUCCUGUCGAUUCUAUAUUUCCUUUACGAAACAUCAAAUAUAUCACAGAUCUAACACAUGAACUAGUACAAUUAUUAACAAUUACUGUAAUGCCGAAUAUCUGGUUGUGCAAUGACGGUACGGCCCUGAAGAUAAAUGAUGAUUUAAAAGCAUUAUUCAACUUAAUGGGAGAAGUGAUGGAGUAUUUUGAAAAUUGUGGCAAUGUGGAUCAUUUGAGAAUAACAUAUUUGUAUCUUACUACCAUUAUUAUGAAAUUGUUGAGCAGUAUUGUGCCAUUAGAGCUGGCGGAUAGUGUUAUACCGAAUGCUUUGAAAGUAUCGAUAACAAAUGCCGUAAUGGAUGCGCCAAUAUAUUUAUUAUAUCCAGCAUUGCACUCCAUGGUUUUGGAAUAUGCUCGCCAAUUUCAAGAUAUUAAUCAAACAGCACAGAUAAAAUUAUUUGAUGAAACCAGAACUGUCGCAAAGUCUAUGCAGGCAGCUAUCUGUAUAUUAAAAAAUUUACCGGGACAAUCACCUUCAGAAACAUUAAAACUGUUACAUGCAUCCAAGUUGAGUUUAUCAUAUCAUAAAAAUUUAACUGUCGUUAAAACAGCUAUAAAAUUUUUACAAGACAUCUCGAAAUAUUCUUUAAGUGACGAGGAUCGUGCCUUAGCAACAAAAUUGAUAUUAAAUUUAUUAGCAAAUGCAGAUGUAGAUGUUCAAUAUACCACGUACGUCGAAUGCCACGCUCUGAUUAAGAGUAUCCUAGGAGUAGAAUAUAAUAAAUUAUCAUGGGAAAAUUUAAUGUUUUUAUUCGAACCAAAUGUCUUAACAGAAAUUAUUUCUCAUGGCGCAACUAGCGAAGAUACCAGGAUAAAUGAAAUGUCGAGAGAUAUGUUAGUGUUUAUACUAAAAGGAAGAAUACAAAUGGGUGAAACUGGAUGGUUGAAAACUUUAGAAGCUCUCAUUCCUGUAUUAUACCUUUUACAGUGUCAUGCUGAUACCCACACACCUUUAGGACAAUGCAUAACGAAAAUGUUUGACCCUGAUGUUUCUAAUAGUAUACAAUUGCCUUUUAUUGAGGUGUUAAAAGGCAAUCUGAGAUUUCUUUAUUCGCCAAAUAAUGAUAUCCGAGAAGAAGCGUUAUGUCGAUUAAUUUGGCUACUUGGGAAGGAAACGAAUUCUGUUCAGAAAUUGCCACGUUUAUCAUCUUUACACGGCUUGCCUCUUGGUUCACUCUGUAUAUUUGAGCGUAAAACUUUCAUUAAGCGAUCAGAAGGCAAUUAUCAGAGGAACAAUAUGUUAUCAGUGUUAGAAAUGUUGAAUGAACCAAAUGUCGAUCCAAAAAUUCGAAAGUCCGCAUUAGUACAAAUUAGCGUGAUACUUUCCGAUACUUCUUUGCAUAAAUUAUUCAUCAAUCAAGGUGGAUUAUCUUUGAUUUUAGAUAUUUUUAAUAAAGCCUUGGUAGAGAAAGAUUAUGUAAAUUAUCCUGAUUCAGUGAUACCGAUAAUCAGUAUAUUAAAACUACUUACAUUAUUUGAACGUACUAUACGGCAUGAGUUAUCUCUGAACAUUGAUGUUUUUUUUAAUAUCAUAAGAAGCCUCUUUUUAUUUCCAAACAACGAGUGUAUAAAAUCUGAUGGUGCGCAACUAUUGUGUUUGCUUCUCUACAGCGAAUAUAUAAUACGAAUAAAUGAAAAAGAUAUGGAAAAUAUUGCAUCACAUAUUUCAUUACCUUAUAUUGUUGUGACAAAUAUGAAACUGCCAUUCGUAUGCAGAUCUCAUUGGAAGAUGAGUGUACAUAGGCGAUCUGAUGUAUCGCUACUUCAUGGUAACAAUCCGCUAGUUUUGACUUUUAUUAGACAAUAUUGGGCUUGGGAAUGGAAUGGCGGUGUAAAUAUUAUAUGGAAAUGUUUAAAUGACUUGAAGGAUUCCGAAAUUGCACAAAAAUUGAUGAUUCUUGAAAGUGAUCUCCUUUCUUUACAAUAUAGUUUUCCUCAGUAUUGUUGUCGACAACAACUCUACAACAUUCAAAAUUCUACUACACAUUAUAGUGUUACGUGCGCGUUGGAUUAUCUCACAAUGUAUUUAAACUUUUACAAAGUACUUCAACGCGACGAUGAAAAAGAUAUCGAAUCAUUGCCGUGGGAACAAACGUUCGAGCGAUUUUUAUUAUCGCAUCCCACGAGUAAAGAGGAUUGCGAUUUAUUUGUGGAUGUUUUAAUCUUUCUACAAUUAUAUUUAAACGUUGCAAAGAAAGGAAAAAGAUCAUGGAUCAGUAGAAUUAUGAAAAACAUGACGAAAUCGUUGGCAGAGUUAUUUAAGAACUUGGAAGUAGAUAAUCAGAAUGUGCAUCAAUCUAUACUCAAAUUAGUACGUACAUGUUCAGCGAUUGAAAAAAUGCAGAAAUUUAAUGACGAACCUAAGAACACCUGGAUUCGAUUUGUAGAAUUUGUUGUUUCAACAUUGUGUUUUGGAGAUCAACAGCAUUUCUACAAUCUCGCAUAUCUUGACUGGUUAUUAACAUGUUUGACGUAUUUGAUUAGACAAUGCGAAUGGGGAAAUCAUAAGAAUCUAUUAUUGUCUCUUUGUAACACACUUAUUGAACCGAUCGUGUCUUUUCAUGGUGCUGGUACUGUUAGUUUUAUGGGUUUAUCGAUAACAAGAAACUCAAUAAUAUGUCUUAAUCACUUGUUGCAUCAAAUGCAAGUUAAUUUUAAUAAAAACUCAUGGAUAGUAUUUUGGUGCGAAGAAGGUCGUUCAUUAAGUUGGUUACCCAUGUUAUGGCAAAAUAGAGAUCCUUUAGUUCGUGCUUCAGCUUUACAAUUACUGGCAGGUCUGAUGAAGACAGUGCAUACUGCGUUACAACUCUUCAAUGCAAUUGCCAUGGCACCGAGUGAUUUGUGUUACACGUUAUUACAAUGUAUCAUAAACAGAGAUGAAUCUUGUUUAGUGAGAGAGCAAGCUUGCAUUGCGUUCUGCAAUAUGCUAAAAAAUUGCAACUCUAUGAGCUUUCAAUGUGUAAGUAUAAUACAACCACAAGCUAUUCUGAUAUAUGCUGAACAAUGUAACAUCUAUCAUGAAAUCAGCGUUCUGUGCUCCAAUGUCUAUACGUUAAUUACUUUAGAUGCGGAACAGUCAGAAUGUCAUGACGGCAAAGCGACCAUCGCGCAAAGUUCGCAAUCUAGUUGUAUUUCAUUGGUACCACGCAUCGUAUCGUAUUUAUACAACUGUCAGGAUGAAUUACAACUCUUUUCCGGUAGAGUUUCGGAAAUAACGGAUGUAGACAAUUCGAUCCAAUCAAUAGCGACGCCUUCGCUUAUUACAGCUGUUUGUAAUUUAUUAAACAAUUUAAUAUUUAUCGGACAACACGAAGUAGUACGACAAAUCUAUGAAUAUUCCAUUGAUAAAUAUUUAUUUAGGUGUUUGACUGAAAUCCCUAAAAAUGUCGGAAGCAGAAAAAGUUUAAGUCAUUACUCUGAUACUUUAGAAAUGUAUAUCAGCAUCUGCACAGUUUUAACAAAUUGCAUCGCACACAGCACCGAGUACGCAGCCGUUGUACUUUUUUCCCCGGACUCGCUCUUUACUUUAUUUUGCUUCUUAAAUAUUGAUUUAUAUCAGUCUGCCGAGCCACGACUGAUAUAUUUGCGUAACAGAUUCUGGACCGAGAUCUAUAACUUCGUGGCUAUGCUCUCGUUAACGGAAGAUCAGCACUUUGAAGCUAUUCAAAGUGCGUUAGAAUUAUGCGGGCCUGAAAUGGUCAUGGUUUCCAUUUGUUUCGCGAUAAAGGAUUCUGCAACAGAUCUGAGAAUGAGUGCUAUUAGCUUCUUAGCUUUUCUACUGUCUCAUGAGAUUCAGAAAAAUUCCUUGGGAAGAAGUGACACCUCUUUAUUGCAAACGGUGCUUGAUACUUAUAUAGUGCAUGUUAUGGAAAACAAGAACGGUAGUUUACGAGAUGUCAUAUCGAGGGUUAACAAAUUGUCAAUAAGAAACGCAAACGCGCAUUCUAAAAAGUCAGAUGAGAAAAAUUUGCAUACAAAAGAAGACAAAACACUGCAUCAAGGACAAACUACGAUAGGAAGCGAAUUAUGUGAGCACUUACUGCAUCUUUUUAUUGCUCAUAAUUAUGCAAAAUGUAAAAAAAGCUGUAAACAAUCGGAGGACAAAGAUCUCAUUGUGGGUGCUCUUACUAAUUUACUGUGCGUAUCAAAAAAAGCAAAACAAAUGGCGUUGCAGGAUAAUCUUCCUGAGACCGCAGUGAUGAUUCUAAAAGAGUUGUAUGUCAAGCUGAAUCUUCAACCAUUCGAGCUUUAUAAGAAGCAAGUGGAAAAGAAGACUCAUCCUUUGUUGUAUGAUGUGAACUGUAUCUUCAUACUUUUGAUGAACUUUAUGUGCGGAGAUGUAUGUGUUAAAGAAAGCUUAACGAAGGAAGGUUUGGCAGAUGUGGUGCAUAAGCUGUGGGCUUGGAUAGCAUUAAAUAAAACAGUAUCAACGUCUGCCUUAAAAUUGAUAGCGACAUUCACAACGAAAUGUAAUGUUGCUGCACAAUCCUUAACACUGACGACAAUAUUACCGGGGAGUGGAUUAAGAAAAACGCCAAACACACUCGCACUAAUACAUGUUAUUGUACAAGUGACAGGUAAAGAAAUUGAAAGAGCUGGUCAAAUUUUUGAUAAUCACAAGAUGCAUUUUGCCUUCCACAUCCUGCGAAAUGCAGUGCACGUUCACGAGUGUAGAGUUUGUAUUUCGAAGAGUAAUCUUCUUCAAUUGUUUACUAAGAUACAUCCUACCCUUACUAAAAGGAUAAAGCCAUGGCCAUUGGUAGAAAUGUAUUGUCUAGAAUUUCUAAUAGAUUUUACUUACUAUGAGGAAGGACAGCUGUGCGUGCCAAAGGCUACUGACGCUUUGGAUGUUUUAAUGUACUUGGCAAAAUGUUCUUCGUCGUCAAGUCGAGUUCUUGCAAUAUCGAUAUUACGCAAUUUAGCAUUCAACAUAACAAACAGACCUCGGCUUCUCAGUUCAGUGGAUUUUAUCAAUCUGCUGCACGACAUCUUUAAAAAUGGAUCGCCAUACGAGAUCGGUCUAGCUGGCUCAAUGUUGUGGUCUCUUAUUAGCAACAACCAGAAAGGAAAACUCAUCGCGCGAAGCGCCGGUUUCUCUCAAAGCAUUCGGGAAGCUCUUGGUAGAUUUACGUUGCUGAGUGUUGACGCCAGUAAGCAGGAGCAAGAACUCGUCAAGGUUCUGCAAUAUGUGCUCACCAUUCUUAGCCCAAUCGAAGCAAAGAACGGUGAUGCACAACUUAGCUGAUAUUUCGACGAAUAAUCAAAUGUUGUACAUACUUAUUUUCGAGCAAUUGGUUCGUGAAAUAUAAUUCGAUGAUGUAAUAUUAUUUAUAUGAAAAAUUGUGUAAUUGUUCAUUAGAGCACACAUCAUAAAGAUAUGAUUUAAUACAAACUGUCAAUAUAUAAGUAUAUACACUAAGAAUCUGUUGUUUAACGUUGUUAUAUACUUACAGUUUGUAUUUUGUUUAAUGACUUUUUAUAACAAAUUCAUGUUCCAUGAAUUUAAAUUAAAUAAUACUGAACUUGUCAGACUGAUGUAAAUUUCAAAUUAUCUAGCUCGUAAAGUCUAUACAGAUAAAUUUGUAAAUAAUAUAUAUAAAGAAAAUUAAUGAAUCUA